AUGGAAUGUGUAGAUCCGAACUCGGAAGAACAGGAGAUCAUCACUCGCCUCCGAAAUCUCAGGACUAAGUCCGCGCGACACAGAGUGUUCCAUGGACUCAUCCACCAGCUAGCCUCUGAUGAAUGGCGUGACUUGAGGGAUCAUCUCAAUACACGAACCUUCCAGUGUGAUAUCCUAGGGUUGCUUCCCCCCGAGAUUGCUGUGCAAGUCGCCCAGUAUCUAGACCUAGCGGAAAUCCAUGUUUUGCAGAGAGUCUCUAGAACUUGGCACAAGCUACUGUCAUCUAACCCGGUCCGCGGCGCUGUAUACCGUCGGUAUUCAGGCCGCACCCUCAAUUUCUGUCAUCAGAUAUCUCAUCACAUUUACAACCAGUAUGCCAAGCAGAGGAUCAGACUGGAGCGAGGAGAACCUUCUUCAGCCCUCCGUCGGCGCGAGCCCAGCAAUAUUAGCCCAGCAUGUCUAGACUAUUCGAAUGGACGGUAUGCAUGGACUGGCGAAAUGACCACGGUCGUCGUGCAAGAUCUGCGUUCGCAUGCUAUGCAGAUGUUUUGCACGGAAAACAGAGAACGCAUUGGCCACAUUCGUCUUUCGGAGUUGGUCGUUGCGGUGGUCACUCUACGUGGAUACUGCCAUGUCUGGAAUCUCCGAACGGAGGAGCCAGCAUACUUUCGACUGCCGUCCCGCCUAUUCCACCUCUUCGUUGUCCGCGGCACCAAGGUUGCUUUCGGCUUCAAGGAUCCCGCGGCUGGAAACACUGUUAUCAUGCAAUGGGACUUCAACACGCGCGUCUCCCGCACCUUAGUCGUGGCAGAUCACUUAGUGUUUAUAGACUUACAUUCUACGCUGGAUUGCUUGAUCUCCGUCCAUCUACAACGGAAUGACAACGUUGAUGGCCCAUGGGAUCUCGAAGGGGUUCCGUGCAAUGCCGCACAGUUGCAGGUCGUGAAGCAUUGCUUUGAUGAUUCGUUGGAAGCUCCUCAAACCGCAUCGAAAAUCCUGACCCUGCCAAAGCUAGAGAACAGCGACUGGGUAGUCCGGCCAAAUGCCUGGCUCUCAGAACAAUUCAACGACAGAGCGGGAAUCCUAAUAGCCCGCCCCAAGGGUAGUAAAGAUCACCACCCGCACUAUAUUAUCGCCAUUACCCACUAUAUCGAGACGGAAGAGGUUUUCUUGCAUCUCUUACCUCCGGAGCACACAUCCUCCUCCCACUUACACGUUGCACCUAUCGACCGCAACCUCUUGUACUAUAUCAGGGUUGAGCGAGCCAUGCCCACCAUCUGGAUUUCGCAACCAGGCGCGCAUGUUCCUUACCGGCCAGCCAAGUCUAUGCCUUCUCCGUGGGCGGUCGAUCCUGGUCAUCAUGAUGCCGACGAAUAUGUGCUCAAGGGAGAUCAUGAUUGUGUUUUGUUGGUCAAUAGGGGUGGCGUGAGCGCGUGGUGUUUCGAUGAAGCCGCGCAGCCCUUAUGUGCUAUUCCUUUCCAAAUCUCGGACAACUGA